AUGACCACCCCAAUGGAAUUAAGCAAGUUUCUGGAACCUGAGGAGAAGGAAAGCGUACUGAAAGUGAUUUCUGAAAAUGAAAAAAUUAUGUCAUCUGGAGUAUGCAAUGUCCUAACGAUGAAUAAUGGUGAACUCAAAACCUGGAACUUCUGUCGCCCUGUUUUUGAAGGUAUGAUUCUACAUGAAGAUUUUUUUGUAGAGGAGUCUUGGUUUCAGAACUCUGUUGAACGGUAUUAUCGAAUUCUUGUGGUAGAACCAUCGUCUGAAGCGGAGAAGGCAGCAGAGAUUCAGCUGGACUUCAGAAUUAAUAUCAUCAUACUCAUCACAAAAAUGCAUCCGAAAUUGCUUGUCUUCAACAACGGCAAAGACAUUGGUCUUCAAUUUCACAACUCCAAAGAGUGUGAACAAUUCCAUGAAAGUAUCUCAAAUAGAGAAUGUCUUCUACCAGCUGUCAACAUUGAUGAACAGGAAACUAGUGGAAGCAGUCAGUUAACUCACGGCGGGUCGGUCAAGUGGAGAGAGACAGCGGACAACUCGAGCAAGGAAACGGAACAAUCCACGGUCACAAAUCUUGUACCAGCCGAAGAGAAUCCAGUAGAAAUCAGUGAUCCGACCGAAAAAGAGAAGAAAGUCGAAAAAUGUAAGCGAAUUGGUGCAAUACGAUUGCCAGGGGCUGACUUGGUUCAGUUAAAAAACAACAGAAACAGAAUUGAUGCAACGAGUGAUGAGAGAAGACCAUCGGAGUUAGCACACCAGGAGCAUGUUCCAGAGCUUAUGUCUGACACAACCUCUGUUCCGGCUCACCUGCCGCCAAGUGGACUGUCGGAGUUAGAAGACCAGGAACAUGUUCCAGAAUUGAUGUCAGAGACAACAUCUACGCCACCUGUCCCGGCACAUCGAGCAUGUUGGACUAUUCCGAACGACUCUGUUCCGGACAUUGGUCUUCAAUUUCACAACUCAAAAGAGUUUGAGCAAUUCCACUCGUCGGUCAGGUCAAGAAAGUUGAAAAGAGAGCAGAAGUAUCAAAGUAUCUACGAGAACUUGACCGAAGAGAAAAGGAAAGAAUUUCAUGACACUAUUGACAAAAUUGAAUGGCGAUCGCUGGAAGAGUUGGAUUAUGGUAGGAAAAAAUUAUUAAAUCACAUACAAGCUGAAGAAGAAAAGCGAAAAUCAACAACUGAAGCAUCGACGUCAUCCUUGGAAAAAAGUCAAAGUGCUCUGGAACUGAAUCUUCCAACAGCGGACAACUCGAGCAAGAUAACGGAGCCAUCGGCGGUCACAAACCUUGCUGAACAUCUACCAGCGGAAGUGGAUUCAGUGGAAACUGGGGAUGUUGAGAAUCUGAAAGCUGGAAGUGCUCCAACCGAAAAAGACAAGAAACUCGAGCAACUGACGUCGGAGUUAGCACAUCAGGAACAUGUUGCAGUGCUUAUAACAGAUCUAGCCUCUGCCCCGGCACCUCGAGCAUGUUGGACUGUUCUAAAUGACCCGGAAUCUCCUCUCGAGUCACAACAACUUGAGGAACCGGAACCGGUGGUGGAAACUGAAUAUGAAAAAUAUUUUGCUGAAACCGACGGCACCGAUGCAAUUCUGUUUGUGAAGGGGAAGAAGUUGCAUGUCAACAAGAAGUUUCUCUCCCAUCGCUCCGAGUACUUUUCCCGGUUGUUCAUUUCCAUUGGUAAAGAAUAUCUAACUGAACUUGUCGAACAUGAGGAUUUGGCCAUUUUAUUGAGUCUUCUUAUGCCAGAGCCAUUAAGUCUGACUGGGACUAACGCUGAAAAGUUACUGGAAUUGGUUGAUAGAUUCAAGCUUUUUGCUGCGAAGCCGCACUUGGAACAAUUCAUUAUUGGAAGUGAUAUGAAUCGAUUCGAGAAAAUUCGAAUUGGCGAGAAGCAUCUAUUGGAGAACCUGUUGAAAAAUGGAAUUAUGGAGUUUAAUGGAAAAGAGGUUAUUUCUCGGAUGAAAAUGAAUCCAAGCUAUAAAACUAUUUCUGAUAAAGUCAAAGUCCAAGUUCUGAGCCGAGUUUUGAGAAUGAAGAAAUGA